GACGGCAAGGUUGGGAAUUCGACUCAGAUCGCUAGUUCUUUCCCCGAGGAAAUAGUUCAGCUGGCUCGAAAGGCAAAGAUGAAUACGGAUGUUCGUCGAAAUAUUUUCUGUACUGUCGCUACGUCUGAUGAUGAGGAUGCUGCGUUUGAGCGCCUCCUUCGCCUUUCUCUUAAAGGUCAACAGGAGCGAGAAAUCAUCUAUGUGUUGAUCAUGAUGUUUCUGAAAGAAAAGAACUUCAAUCCUUUCUAUCCGACGCUGAUUGCACGAUUUUGCGAUUUUGAUAGGCGAUUUGUGCUAACUACGCAAUACGCGUUAUGGGAUCGCAUUCGAGAAGUGAAUUCGCUUAAACUUCGAGCUCGCAUCCGUUUGGCUGAUCUAAUUCAUCAUCUCAUUUCCAAUGAAGUCCUACCGAUUACUGUAUUGAAGGUGGUGGAAUGGGGCACCUUAACCGCUGGUGUGUCAUCGGUGAUUCGGCGAGUUUUAAAGCUUCUUUCAUCUUCAUCUGUUACGAAAGUCCGUCGGAUUUUCAAUCCGUUACUUGUUAAAGACAAAAACUCGUUAUUAGCGGAAGGUAUACGGUUAUUCUUGAGCGUGAACUUCCCUGAUAGUGAAGUUUACACAAAAUUAGGAGAGACCUUUCUUGCCAGUUAA